AUGGCAAAAAGUAUCACUACUAAUUCCUAAAUUCUAGAGUAUAUUGCUCUUGGAGCAGCCUUCUUCUAGUGCAUGAUUCUCUUUUUGGCAGGAGACCCAGAUACGGAGGUAGAACUUUCAAUAUUCUUCUUCGUCCUCUUAACUCUUCUCGUGAACAAUCACUAUAGAGGAACUAGAGUACAUCUUUGGCCUCUACUUACUGGUUUCUCAUUUUACACUAUUACUCUCAUAUUCGAUAUUAUGGUUGACCUCUCCUACUAUUACUACUACUUGACCUGCUUAAUUUCCCUCAUGAUUGUGUAUUUCUUUGGCACAGUAGAGAAUUACCAGCAAUUCGUACCCUCUGGACGAUUCACAGUAGGCUGCAAAGAGACUAUGACUAAGAUCUCAGGAAAUAGAUUACUUCUUUACUAUCCUGUUGAUAAGAACCUAAAAGGCAAAACUUACAAAGAUAUGUUAUGGGCUUACGACGGAGAACACAUGAUAAAAGGACUAAUGAAGUUUGGGGCUGAUUUAGUGCCAUCAGGUCCAUUUUACUAUCUUCUGAGUGUAAAACAAAAAGUUAAAUUUGAUGCUCCAAUAGUUAAAUUGAGCGAAAGUGACAAGCACCAAGGAAAGUUUAUCCCAAUUAUCUUCUCACAUGGAGUUGGAAAUACCAUGUCUUGGUUCUCAACUAUCUGCAAAGACCUUGCCAGUUAAGGCUUUAUAGUUUUCAGCAUUGAACAUAACGAUGGCUCAGCUCUUCAUCAUUUUAACGAUUAAAAAUCACACAAAUACUACAAAGCAUUCGAUAUGAGGGAUUAAAAUAAAAUUGUCACAAAACUAGGUGUGAGACUAAGGGAAGUAAACAAUUUGCUAGAUGAGAUGCAGCACAUCACUAAGACUCAACUAGGCGAAGAGGUUUCACUCGAUAUGGAAAAUUUAACUGUAGCUGGUCAUGGACUUGGUUCAACUACUGCUAUUUCAUUUGCUUCAAAGGACGAUAGAGUAAAGAAGAUCAUAAGUUUAGAUCCAUGGCUUACCCCUAUUAAGGAUGAAAUCGAGAACAGAACGAUCAUAGUAAAAUAACCGCAUUGCACAAUAACUUCUGACAUGUUCCAAGGCAAUAUUCCCAAAAACUGGGAUCUAACCUCUAAGCUAUACGGAGAUAAACAGGGCAACAAGAACUCAUUGCUGUCUCUCUUAAAUGAAAUGGGUCACUUAGCCUUUACUGAUUUACCACUUAUUCUCCAACUUGAAUUAAGAAUGAUUAUGUUUACGCCAUCAUUCGCCUAAGUGUUCAGAGCUCAGGAGAAUUUGAGAUUGAUCAUUGGAGUGAUGAAAGCUUUUAUGAUAAAGAAUGAGAUGAGCAAGGAGAGUGGAAAUUACGAGGAGCUCAUUAAGAGAUUAGAAGGAACUAAGGAUGUUAAAUUUGAAGUUAAGUGA